UUUCGUACUGGCGCGUGCCUAAGCGCCACGGAGCUCUUUAAAGUGAAUGAUUCAAAUCAUUUUAAAAUAUAUAAAAACUUUGCAAGUAAAAUUAGGGAAUAACAUAUCAUUGAUUAAGGUAGAUGAGUGUGAGUAAGCGUAAGUGAGAUGAUGGGGGAUGCCGCUCUGUGCUGCUGCUUAAAAUGUCAGACGCAGUAGAAUUUUCCCUUCAGCUUCCGGACUGGCAUGUGCGCUUCGGCAGCUGCUCUGAAAUUGAUUUGACGGGUGUAUCUGGCCUCUGUCCACAUAUAAUGUUAAUUGCUUUGGAAAAGUAAUUUAUUGAAAAGGGAGGCAGAGGUUCAUUUGAAAUAUACGUCUGGUAUAUUUUAGCGGCCACCCUUCUGAUCUUCAGGCCUUUCCUCUGGUGUAAAACAGAAUAUUAAGAAGGUUUCUGUAUGCCACUGGCUGGAUCUCGUCAAUACUAGGAGGAGUGUAGUCUGGAGCCGCUGAAAUAGGACAAGCCGGAGCGGAGUGGGGGGCAGACGCGCGAGGAUGGGGUGCCGCAGCCGAGAGUCUGAACGCUGAAGCACGUCCCUGUUGCCGGAGCCCAGGUUUAAAUCACGAGAAGUGAUCGGCAAACGUGGAAGUAAGGCGGCCGCUUCGCAUCCAGACCGAAUCCAGUCCGAAUACCUCUGCGACUCAUCUGGGUACCGGCGGUCUCACGUUUCUUCGCCAGCGGAGUACGACAGAUCGAUGCCAAUGGCCUGGACGGGGCUAUGGACAGUCUUGCUAGCGGCCUUGCUGUGGCCAGGAGAGGGAUGGCCGAGCUCUGAAGGGAAGCCUGUAGCAGAAGAUAUGCCAGCAGUUAUCCAGCUUAAGCCUGAAGGAGCAGGACCUACAAACGGAAGAGCAGACAAUGCAGCCAAAAACUGGCGCCGCGCUGCAUCGGAGCGACACGCUGCCUGCAGGGGGAGGCUCUGCCGUCGGGGCCAGCAGUGUGUGCUGGUCGAGGGGACGGGACAGACGCACUGCGCCUGCCAGGAGAGAUGCCGGCCCAGCUACAUGCCCGCCUGUGGCUCCGACGGCAAGUUCUACGAAAACCACUGUGAAGUUUACCGCACCGCUUGCCUGAAGAAAAAGAGGAUCUAUGUUACUCACAGCAGGGACUGCUUCUUCAAAGGUGACACGUGCACAAUGGCAGAUUACAACAAGCUGAAGGGCGUGCUGCUGGACAUGCAUCCCAAAAACCGGAGCGGUGAGGUACAGGUUCAGGAGAAGAGAAUGGACCAGAAGAGAGAGCUGGUGGACGGCAUGUUCAAGUACUUGGACACAGAUGGCGACGGGCACCUGGGCAAGGAGGAGCUGGCACAGAUAUCUAUGAAGGUUCACCUGGAGGACGGCUCGUUGGACUGCACCACGCAAGACCUGCUCCGCUACGAUGACUACAACAACGACGGGUACCUCACCCUGCAGGAGUUCUACACCGCCUUCCAGGUCAUACAGCUCACUCUCCCGGAAGAUCAAAGGGUGAGCAUCUCCACGGUUACCGUCGGCCUUAGCACCAUGCUGUCCUGUGCCAUCCAAGGGACACUGCGGCCACCGGUCAUCUGGAAGAGAAACGGAAUCGUCCUCAAUUUCCUGGACCUGGAGGACAUCAAUGACUUUGGUGAUGAUGGCUCCUUGUACAUUACCAAAGUGACGACCAUCCACAUGGGCAAUUACAGCUGCCACGCUUACGGAUAUGAGGACCUCUUCCAGAUACAUGUGCUGCAGGUGAAUGUGCCCCCAGUCAUCCUUGUGUACCCAGAGACGCAGGCACAGGAACCCGGGGUAGCAGCUAGUCUACACUGCUAUGCUGACGGUAUCCCAAAUCCCAGCAUCGUGUGGCUCAAGAACGGCAUGGAUCUGCAGCCCAGACUUUCCAAGCAGCUCUCUGUCAUAGCAAACGGCAGCGAGCUGCACAUUAGCAGCGUCCGCUACGAGGACACUGGCGCUUACACCUGCAUCGCCAAGAACGACGUGGGCGUGGACGAGGACAUCUCCUCCCUGUUCGUGGAAGAUUCGGCCAGGAAGACGCUUGCAAACAUACUGUGGCGACAGGAAGGGCUGAGCGUUGGAAACAUGUUCUACAUCUUCUCCGACGAAGGGAUCACCAUUCUCCAGCCCGCCGACUGCGAGACGCACAAGCACAUUAAGCGCACGGACAGGAUCGUGGCGAGCUACGAGGAAAUAUGUCCCAAAGCAGAAGGCGACUCUCCUCCGAGGUGUGUUUGGGCCUCUGCCGUCAGCGUCAGGGACAAGUACAUCUACAUCUCACAGCCCCUUCAGAACAGACUGCUGGUGGUGGACACUCAAGCCCAGAAAGUCGUGCAAGUGGUGGAGACGGACCCAGUUCCAGUGAAGCUCCACUACGACAAGUCGCACGACCAAGUCUGGGUGCUAAGCUGGGGAGAUCUUCGCAAGACGCAUCCCACCCUGCAGGUCGUCUCCCAGGCAAGUAUUGGAGAGGAGCAUCACGCAGUCCGAACAAGGUUCCAGAGAGUGGACGACUUCUUCAUCCCUCCCACCAAUCUCAUCAUCACCCAUGUAAGGUUUGGCUUCAUAUUCCUCAAGUCGGAAACCGCCGUUCACAAAAUCGACCUGGAGACUUUCCAUCGCAUCAAGACCAUCAGCCUCAAGAACUACAGCUGCGUCCCGCUCAGCAUGGCCUACACACACUUAAGUAGCUACUACUUCAUCGAGUGCCUGGGCAAGAACUCGUCCUCGCUCCUGCCCCAGCUCAUAAUCGACGGCGUCACCGACUCAGUCAUCGGGCAGAACCGCGACAUCACGGGCAAGCCCUACGUGUCCGCAGACGGUCGCUACGUGGUCACGCCGGACCACCUACACGGAAAGGUCAUGGUGCAGACAGUCACCUUCCAGGGGGUGCUGCAGCAGAGUCAUGAGUUUGAGGCUGUCCUGAACGUUUCAGAUCUGGCUUUCCAGCCUUCCUUCACAGAAGCCAACCAAUACACCAUCUUUGCUACCUCCCGGUCAGGAACGGACUUGUUCCUCUCUGACCUGUCCACGGGGAGGAGAGAUGUUCUACAGAAUAUCAAAGAACCUAUCCCUUCCAACUCCUGGCCCUGGAGUAGCGCCAACAGGGUGGUGGUCUCCAGCGGUCUGUUUGGCCAGUACCUGGUCACACCCUCGACGGAGUCCAUCUUCGUGCUGAAUGGGAAACAGAACAGGCCACACUGCGAGGUGUCAGACAUCAAGAAGGGUAACACAGUGGUUUGGGUUGGGGAGGUAUGAACACAGGGAAACGGUAGGAUUUCAGAAGACGGCAAGAUUUUAGGCCAAAAUACGCUAGAAUGUUCAACUCGAUGUACAUGGACUCAACCCUGGACUGAGCUAGUAUCAAUAUGUGCGGUUAAUGUGGUAGAGGAGGUUUGAAUACAAAAAAAAACAAAUGAAUAAGAUAAUAUUUUUAUUUGGAGAAGAUGAUGGAAGUCUCCAGUGCAACAGUGAUCUAUGCGCACUAGAGAAAGUAUCUAAUCUCACCACCUUUUCACUCUGCAGACAAGCAUUAAAAGAAAGGAUAAAUGAUUUAUUUAAAAAAAAAAAAAAAAAAAAACUAUGCACAAUGAUCACUUUUAUAGAGUAACGCUUUUUUGGUUCGUUUGUCAUAUGCCAGUGCUACAAAUGGUCACCCCAUCCAGUCAUCUGCCUAUUUAUGUGUCCAUUCCCCAUUUAAUGACCCUCUUUCGACAGUAACGCUACAGUGGAUGUUUAUGCCAUCAUAUAACGCAUUCUGUGAAGCCUUUCAUCUGAACCCAGAACAGGCUGGGUUUCAAAUAUUCGAAGUGUUUUCGGGAAAAAAUAGCUAUUUAACCUCCUGGACCUCCUGAUGAUUUCAAUUAGGUCUCGCUUCCUGCAGCCACUAGAGCAGCAAAACACUGGAUACACCAUCAUUGAUAUUCAGUUUUGUUCACAUGCCACAGGUGAUUCUUUUUGAUCAGUUGUUCCUCUUCGUUCCGGCACCUGGCCCCAUUUUUAACCUUUAAAUGGUCUUAUAAAUUCAUUUUCAUUUUUCACCAGGCAACCCCAUGUGGCCUUGAGGCCUAGAUAAGCCACUAAAGUGACUUUGUCGUGACGCCGAUCGGUCGCGUCCUCGCACCGAAAAACCCCAAGUCCGCGGAGAGUGGCCGUUUCGUUUCAUGCCACCGGGGGAAGUCGUGCUUCAUUUCCGUUGUCGAGAAGAGACUCGUUUGCCGUAAACCAGGAGGUCCACCAGGGGUUGCGCAGAGUGUCUUAGUGAGUGUGGAAUAAUGAAAAAAAGCUGGGAAGAUUGGGGAUUCUCUCCUCAGCGAGAAGAGGGUGUGGGGGAGGAGGUCUCAUGAGCGCUAAGCCAUCGCUGCCGGUCCCGCCUCUGCCUGUCUAACUUUGCCCGAAAAUCAAAGCACUCAAAAUUGUCUAUCAAGUUCAAUUCGUCUUUUUAUCCAUCUUUAUUUAGUUUUUUUUUUCCUUUGUCUUUUUGGUGGCUGUACACAUGAUACAUUUGGCUUCGUUGCUACUGGAUCACGGUGACAGCGAUGCCGAUUCUCCAUGCUUUCAGCAUGCAGAAUUAAGGCAAGUGUCAGGCCUAUUUUAAGUUGACAGUACAAACAUUAGAUUCGACAUCUCCCGUAACUGACUGUUAGGAGGAAGAACAUUUAAUAUUACAGUGAUUUUGUUUUAAAUAAGACAUUUAUUUUUUUUAACUUCUAUGUAAUUAACAACCUUAUUUUUGAAUGCAUAGUUAGGAACUUAAGAAAUAUCACCUUCAUAAUUGAAAUUCAUCAGAGUAACAUUUUCUCUAACUUUAAAUUGUAUUGCAAAAAUAAAUAACACCUGUUUUACAAGCAUAAUCAAAUAAAUGUAAAAUUUAAACUACUGAUGGAAGGAAUUAUAGCUACCAUACAUUUUUUAUUACUGAAACUGCUAUUUUGAAAAUGAAACCAUAUUCCUGUAAUUUAACAUGGAUUCUCUCUUGGUGAAUUAAACAUGACUGUUUUAAGCCAUUAUAAAACCAGACCAUACAUAGGUGUAAUUUUUUUCAGGAACUUAAAUGAUCCCCUGCCAGUUAUUUAAAUUGCUUUUGUGAGCUAUUCUGCCCAUCAGCGCAUGUGUCCUUCAUAUUGACAAACACGUUAUGGUGAUUUUUGCUGUUGAUCAGUAGGUGUUCUAGAGGUUAGAAGGUGUAGAGUAAUUGGGGCUGCUAUCGCUAGGCUUACAGGUUCAAAUCCCCAAUAGAGGCAGAGGAAUGAUUCUAUAAAAAAAAAAUCGAUCUGUUGAAAAAGUGAAGGGUGAAGGGUAAAUCAUUAAUGUCCGCGAUUGUGCUCUUUGUGUAGAUUUCUGCAAAGAUGAAAACUUACACAGAUCAGAUUUAAGGACUAAAACGAAGACUGAAAUGCUGUCGAUCCACUAAAAACUAAAUUCCUGUGUUCACGUUAAAAGAUGUUUAUACAGCAGUUUACUGUGUAUACUGAGACGUGCUGAAUUUUAAAUGUUAAAGAAUUAAGGAUAAGAAAUAUUCCUGCAGGUUACACACAGAUGAAUGCUCAUAUCUGCCAUCUUCUUCUCUGGGAUGGAAUUGAUUGAAAAUUACUGGUUGACAGUUUGGGUUCCAGAACUGAAUAUGCAUUUAAUCCAAUUUACCCUCAGAAUUAUGAAUACCUAUAAAAAGUGGCUACAAUUAGAGCAAUUAAAGCUGUUUCCUCAAAAUCAGUGUAACAAUGUUACAAAAAAGGUCCACAGGUGUAGUAUUGGUGUGAUAGAUCUCAGUCGCUACUGUUGAUAAUAUAGUUCUGUAGAACACGGAGAUGAAUAAAAUGUACAGAUGUAAUUAUAAGCUUUGUGUUUUGAUUUGUGAGGGAAAUGUUUUCUAUAAAACAUUAAAAAGCAGAAAAUUACGAAAUGUACAGCUUAUAAAAUAUAAAUAUUCAGGGACAAAUUUCUCAAAACAUUUGAAAGAGUAGCUUAAGUUUGGUGUACCGCUUUUCCUUAAUCCUAAGUCACUUUUUACUCUAAGUAGUUUCUGUCUUUCAUUUUUUUUUUUUACCUUAAAUGGAAAACCAAUCUCAUCACAUUGUGACAUCACUGUUUAUGACUCAUGCCAGUAUGCGUGGCACAUUCCGCAGUGUAAAAUCUAGAAGGUGGCACAUUUUGUGGGAGUGAAAUGUGAGACUGUGACCGAGUCCUCGUGCCACAUGAGACCCACCGUUCAUUCGUCUUCAUUACGGACCUUCGCUUCCGGACAAAGUUCACUUAUACGGUACAAAUGAUGUCCUACCACAGGACACCGGGCGUCUUUAAAUAAACAAAGUCAGUUCCUGAUACACUGAAGGACAUUUGGAACAAUGAUGAUUAAUACUGCAGUCCUGCAUGGUGUCUGUAGGUGUCACACACUGUGUAUCAAUCACCUGCUUUAUAUCCCAGAUAUGCAAGUGACUACCAGGCAGAUGGUGAAAUUACAAAUGUUUUACUAACCAAACAGAUACUAGCCCACUGCAAAUACUGCAAGUUUGAACCCCACUCGAGAUCUGCUUCCAACCUGGAAAAACGCACCCUAGGGGACCCCCCCCCCCAAAAAAAAAAUAAUAAUAAUUUCUGGCUACAAGCCUGGUAACUACUACUAACUGCUAUUAAUCUCGACGACCACGUGUGAACUGGAUAUGUUUAGUGUAUUUGAAAUUUUACACAAGGGGCCUAAAUAUACUCAUUUGUUUGUGUGUGUGUGUGUAUGUGUGUGUAUGUGUGUGUCUGUGUGGCAUGUUAGGAUCUACAAUGACUUCUGUGACCUGUAGGGGCUUCUAGAUGUAUUUGUGAUGGUUAAUCUCUAUGCAACACAUUCUCACCAUCAAGGCAAUAAUUGUCGUUUUGAGAACAGUCAUUCCUCAUCGCCAUUCCUUUCUCCAAGCCUUUCCCAUUUAAGGAAUUGCCAUUUUAUGUCAGAUUUAAGUCAAAGACAAGAUGGUUUUAAGAUUUGACAUAUGUGACAUAGGGACCUUUAGUCUGAAAAAGAAGCCUCAUAUCAUUUUUCACGAUUGCUUUAAUAGGUCAUUUUUAUCCUUUCAAACAUGUCCGAAUACCUGCAUUUUCUGUGUAGUAACGUAAAUUUAAAUGUUAUGUACAUACAGAGAAUCGGUGACAAUGUUUCUUUAAUAAAUGGGAUUAUUUUGGAAUUUGAUAAAAACUGCAUCGUUUAGACUGGUUUGUUUUUGCUCUCCAUUGGAAUGUCUUUUCAAUGUUUACACACCCUUUACCCUGGUAAACAGAAAUAAAAUGUCCUUACCUCAUGCCUUCCUGUGAUACUGAAGUCACCAGUGAUGUGUUUGAAUUAGCAUUGACUGUAAAGAUCAGUUCUUCUCAAAUGUACUGUACAGUGUUUCCUGAGUUGUACAUUUUUCCUCAGUUUUGUAAUAAAAACCUUAAAAAUCAA